AGAAAUGAAAGAAAUGUUGGCUCUGGUACCAUUUGUCCGAAAGUGGCUCGUACCCAGGUUUCCCAUGUACCAAAACCCAAAGUAGUAUAUUAUGGGCAAGUAUUGUCAACCUUCUUUCAUUGUGUCCAAAAGUCUCCAGUAUUGAGGUUUCCCAUCCCGUCAGAAAACUGACAGAAAAGAUUGGCACACCGAUCUGCCGAGGAUCAUCAGCAUUAUGGGAGAAGCAAAUGAAGGUGAACCCAGUUUUGAGAAUGGAAAGGUCAGAAAAGACAAGCCAGACGAAAGGAAUGUUGGCUCUGUACCAUCUUGUCCCAAAGUGGCUCGCACUCCUGGUUUCCCAUCUGUACCACAACCCAAAGAGGUUAUUAUGGCAAGUAUGAUCAGUCUAUCAUGUCCAAAAGUCUCCAGUAUUGCAGGUUUCCCAUCCCAUCAGCAAACUGAAGAAAAGAUUGGCACACAGAUCUGCUGAGGAUCAUCAGCCAUUAUGGGAGAAGCAAAUGAAGGUGACGCCAGUUGUGAUAACGGAAAGAUCAGAAAUAGACAAAGCCAAGAUGAAAGGAAUAGUGGCUCUGGUUCCAUCCUGUCCGAAAAUGUCUCUGGUGCCUGGUUUCAUCUGUACCACAACCCAAAGACGUCUAUUAUGGGCCAAGUAUGAUCAGUCUAUAUGUCCAAAAGUCUCAGUUAUGGCAGGUUUCCCAUCCAUCAGCAAACUGACAGAAAAGAUUGGCACACAGAUCUGCCAAGGAUCAUCAGCAUUUAUGGGGAAGCAAAUGAAGAAGAAGAUGUUAUUGAUGGAAAACCAGAAGAACACAAACAGAAAUGAAAGAAAUGUUGGCUUGGUACCAUCCUGUCCGAAAGUGGCUCGUACAGGUUUCCAUCUGUACAAAACCCAAAGUAGUAUAUUAUGGGCCAAGUAUUGUCAACCUUCUUCCAUUGUGUCCAAAAGUCUCCAGUAUUGCAGGUUUCCCAUCCGUCAGAAAACUGACAAACAUUAUUGGCACACAGAUCUGCCUGAGAUCAUCAGCCAUUAUGGGAGAAGCAAAUGAAGGUGAAGCCAGUUGUGAUAACGGAAAGAUCAGAAAUAGACAAAGCCAAGAUGAAAGGAAUAGUAUCUCUGGUACCAUCUUGUCCGAAAGGUUGGUCGUACCCCUGGUUUCCCAUCUGUACCACAACCCAAAGAGGUAUAUUAUGGACCAAGUAUGAUCUGUCUUUCAUGUCCAAAACUCUCCAGUAUUGCAGGUUUCCCAUCCAAUCAGCAAACUGAAGGAAAAGAUUGGCACACAGAUCCACCCAAGGAGCAUCAACCAUUAUGGGAGAAGCAAAUGAAGAAGCUGAUUUUAUUUAUGGAAAUAUCAGAAAAAGACAAACAAGAAAUGAAAGGAAUGGUGGAUCUGGUACCAUCAUGCCCUACCGCAGCAAGUAUUCCUGGCUUCCCCUCUGCACCACAUCCCAAAGCUGAGGUAGAUCUAAGUAUGUUGAGUCUUGUGCCCGCUUGUCCUAAAGGUUCCAGUCUCCCUGGUUUUGCAUCCACUGAGGGGGCUACACAUUUAGAGUGGCUUGUUGACCCCAAGCCUAUGUUUGAGCACUUGGAGAAGAAGAAGAAGAAAGAAGAAAACAUUCUCCCAAAAGACGGAUCAAAAGAAGACAUUGACAAAACAAGAGCAAUGGUUGCUUUGGUGCCAUGUUGCACAGAAGCAGCCGGGAUUCCUAGCUUCCCCUCUGCACCACAACCUAAGAAAGAAGUACAUCGUGUGGAUUUCACACAAUCGUGCCCCAAAAUCUCCAGUCUACCAGGUUUGCCAUCUACGGCCAARGUCCAGACAGGAAAUUGGCACGUUGAACAGAAGCCUCUGUUUGAGAAGACACUGAAAGAUGAUACCAUAAUAAUCCAAGAUAGGUCAGCAGAAGACAAAGGAAAUAUGAAAAAUAUAGUGGCACGUGAGAGUCUCACUCCUGGGUUCCUGUCCUUACCACAACCUAAAGCAAUGGAAGGACAAACCAUGUCUGCUCUACACCCAUCUUGUACAAAUGAAUCUACAGUAGCUGGAUUACCUUCUAGACAGCCAAUUGAAUUAGCUCUGGCCCAGGGAGAAGAAUCUGUGAGUUCUAUGCAGCCAUUGUAUGAAAAACCAUUGAAGGAUGGGUCCAGGGAUACCGCACUUUCCAAGCCUGACCUAGGCAGUGCAGUUGGAGAUGAAGGCCUCAAAACUAUGGUUGCACUGGCACCAUCUUGCCCCGAGGCAGCAAACAUUCCUGGUUUUCCAUCUGUGCCCCCUCACAGUCCAGAGUCUGUAGAGGCACAUGAGACAAGUAUGCAGACAAAGGAGAAAGAGGUUGCUGGAGAACCAGCAGAGUAUGUUCUAGAUAAGGGUGUCCUCAGCAGCCCACAAAUAGAGAAGUCCACACCUGAGGAGAUCCAGAAGCCCUCAGCAGUGUCAGAACCAGAGCUAGUCUUGGGGUGGGAGRUGCUGGAGGCUGAGGGUUCUGUGGCAGAGAAGCCAAAGGAGGCCUCUGGCCUUCUACAGAAUAUUGUUGGUGUCUUCUCCAGAGGUUAUGAAACAGUAGCAGCCAUUUUGGGUCCGUCUGGUUCACCUCCAACAGAAGAUGUCGACAGUAGUGUUGUGGACCCAGAGGACAGUGCAGUCCCAUCAGAGAGCUCCUCUGAUCCUGUCCCAGAUAUAUCUAUCCUUGUUCAGGAAGCAGUGUCUGGAGAGGCACCGCAUGUUGAGGGUGAAACCAAACCAACUGUGGAGCUCCCAACCACCGCUGAGCCAUCCUUGUUGACUGUGGAAGACAAGCAAUCCAACUCUCCAUCGGCAGUGAGACAAGACAGUGAGGAUGGGUUCGUUGGAGUCGAAGGCCCAAGCAGUAUGAGAAAAUGGCCGCCGUUGACGGAGGCUGACCUUACUGAGAUCUCCAGAGGAGAGUUUGUGGUAACUGGGGAAGAAGAGGUUACCCUUGACUCAUGGGCGCAAAUAGGGGAGAAGUCAACAUUCAAAGUGCAGGAUUCUGGACAGAUAACAGGUUAUGUUGAAGUUUUUUCAGCAGGGUCACCUAUUGAGACAGAAUUAUCACCUUCAUUACACCUGGACAAGGGCCCCCAACACGCAAGCACAGAAGAAGCCUCUGGCCCUACCUCACAACCUACUGCAGACAAGUUGCCGGUAGAGGGCAAGUCUGAAGAACAUAUAGUACCCAUACCAGAUAAACCCUCUGAUGAUCAGACUGUCACCCCAGUCACCUCGGUUGAAACACAAUCAGAAGUUGCCCCCCCUCAGAGAAGCAGAAAGAAAAAGCGAUCCCUUCCACAAGAGUCUCAACAAAAAGCAGAUGGCCAAGGAAGUGUGGCUACCCAGGAUGUCGCUGCACAGGUAACAACUAAACUGGUCGCUCCUCAUCGUGUGAAGAAAAAAGAGGGAAGUCUUCCUCCAGAAUCUCAACCGGAAGCUGAUGAUCAAGGGAUUGUAUUUAAUGUGGUCCCUUCACAGCCUCUAAGGAGAAAAGACAGCCUCAGUCCGGGGCGUAAACAAAAAUCUGAGAAUGUAUCUGCACAGAAGCCCAUUGAAGUAGUCACUUCCUGCUGUCCGAAGAGAAAAGACAGUAGUCUUUUAACAGAACCUCUAAAGAAAGCUGAUGGUCAGAAGGGUUUCACUGCCCAGGCAGCUCCUCAGGUGGUCCCAUCACGGCCUGGUAGUAAAAGAGACCGCAGUCAUUCAACAGAGCCCCAACAGAAACCUGAUGCCCCUGUCCAGGCGCACACAGACGUGGUCCCUCCUUGCCGUACUAAGAAAAGAGACCGUAGUCUUCCAGCAGAGUCUCCACACCGACCUUUGAGGAGAAAGGAAAGCUUCACUAAAGACACAUCAACACAGGCAACUAGCCUGGUACCACCUCCGCGCCCAAGGAGAACCUCUAGAGCCUCCAGUGCAGAACCUUCAGAGAAACUUGGCCAGGGAGCCACUGAACUGAUUCUACCACAGCCAGCUCAGAAAGCCGAUGAGCCAGAGAAUCUGAUUGCCCARGCGGUCACCGAGCUGAUUCCACCUCAGCGCACAAGGAAAGCAUCUCUCUCUACCGAACAUCAACAGAAAGCUGCCGAUUUAGAGAGCGCUACCGGUCAGGUCACAACUGUUCCCCUAACACCAGAUCAUGUACCGACAGAGUCGUACCCGGACUUUGGUGCGAGAGAGACUGCCCCCCUCCUGAUCAUCAGAAAAAUAGCCCCGCCAAGGCGCAGCAAGAAAACAAAUUCUCCCCCAGUGGAAUCAGGCAAAGUAGAAGAUGAGGCUGUGGUUGUAGAGGCCCUGAAUGCUGCCAACCAGGGGUCUUCAGCACCAUCCCAGAUAGAGGAUCUGAUGAUAGACUCGUUUGAAAAUGUUGAGACCGAGAUGCAGUCUCAGAACGCCACAGAAAUGGCCACUGAGCCAAUUGAAGAUAAGCCACACUGUGAAGGGGUUGCCGUGAAUUUGACCGUAAUUUAUAGGCCGCUCAUUGACAAUGCAGCUCAGAAGGUAUCGACAGAGGACACUGCGCCAGAAGUAAAGACUGAGGACAAGCAGGAGUACUUACCAGUCCCAAAGCCUCGUGGGAAACGAGACCCGACCCCACCUGUCCAUUUAGAUGCUACCAGACCAAAGACCCGGCAUGCCUCUAGUGGGGAUGACAACGAUUCUACCAGAGAGAGAGGACGUUCACAUGCAGCCUCAGCCUCUGUGCUGGAACCACCUCAACACAGCAAGAGGAGCAGUAGUCUUCCUCCCGUACCCCCUGGGUGCCAGCCUGCAGCAUCUGGUGAAGUGGUGGUUGCUCCUCUGCGUAGGAGGAGUAGACUAAACAUAGAACAAUCAAGCAUGCCUGUUCCAGUUCCCCGCUCGAAAAAACGCCUCAGUUCCACUUUCUCCGAUGGAACUCCUUCAAUGGACUCCUCAUUCACUAGGCAGACAGAUUCCCUUGAGGGCUUGUUGUCUCUCUCUCAGGAAGACAAACAAGUCGCCAGUCAGGAAGCCACAGAGGGUUCAAUAUCAUUAACCUCAAGCAUGGUCUCCGAAGGGAGCUUUGUCACAAUUCUUCACUCAGAGGAGAUAUCACCAGAAGUUAUUGUCUGCGAAAAGGGACUAGAGGAGAGUGGGGAGAGCUGGACCUUCACAGAUACCGCUAUGGUCACUGAGGCUUUCACAGAUACUGUAAGCGAGGACAUUGAGAGGGGUUCAGAGGCAGAGACUGUCUUUGAGAAAGGACUGGAGCAGAGCAUGGAGAGCUUGACCUUUACAGAUACUGCCAUUGUCACUGAGUCCUUCACAGAAACCCCUAAGUUCUUCGCAGACACUGUUAGUGAGGAUAUUGAGAGGGGUUCAGAGGCAGAAGUUCUUGACCAGACCUCUCCAACCACUGCUACACCAGCUGAGGACGACUGGUUACAUGUUAAGGGAGCCAAAGAGACAGAGAAGAUGGAGGUAGAGAGAAAAUACACGGGGGUUGAAGAGGUGGACUUUGGCUUUGAGUCAGUAGACGUAGCUGACGGUGGCUUAGAUAAAGAGAGGCAGCAGGAGGCAGCAGAGGAGCCAACAACACCUGAGCGCAGACCUGCAAACUCUCAGGAAAUGGGUCAAGACAGUGCUGCUUCUCCAGAAGGUCUCAUGGCCAGUCCUGGCCUGGUCACUUCCAGCCAGUCACUACUGGAGUGGUGUCAGGAAGCCACCAAAGAACAUAAGGGGAUCAAGAUCACUAACUUCAGCACAUCCUGGAGGAACGGCCUGGCCUUCUGUGCCCUUCUACACCACUUCCACCCGGACAGGAUAAACUUUGAGAUGCUGGACCCUUAUGACAUCAAGCGCAACAACAAGAAGGCUUUCGACGGCUUUGCUGAGCUGGGCAUUUCUCGGCUGAUGGAGCCCUCAGACAUGGCCCUCCUGGCCGUGCCUGACCGUCUCAUCGUCAUGACCUACCUCAACCAGAUCCGCACCUACUUCUUGGGCCAGGAGCUGAGCGUGCUGCACAUAGAGGCGGACAGCAGCGAGUCCAGCUACGGCGUGGCCGGGGAGAGCCGGGAGGGCCCCGACCCGGAGGCCGCUGCACGCUACUGUCAACGGAUCCACGAUGAGGCCCUCACAACGGACACCAAUGGGGGCGCUGCAGAGAAGGAGGCGUAUAGUGACACUAAGGGGGGCACCAAUGGGGACGUGGUCCCGCCCCCUAGAACCAAACGGCUGCAGGCUGCAGGGGCAGGAGGAGGGGCCCAGGCCCCCGUCGCACCCCCAAGGACACACUUCUUAUCUGCCAAGUCUGGGUUCUCCCAGCUAAAGGAUGCAGAUCUGGUUAAGAAGCGGCGGUCGCAACGCAGCUCAAUAGACGAGGCAGACUCAACCGAGGUUGCUACAGGUCAGGAAGAGGUUGGAGCUACCAGAAAGAAAUCAGAAACAGAAGGGGAAGCUGGUGAAGAAGGACGAUCGGCUGAGGAGGAGUGCCAGGACGCCAGCCAGUAUGCACUGAGUGAGAUGAAGGCCCUGGAGGCGGAGCAGAAGCACAUUGACAGCAGGGCAGACAUAGUGGAAAGGAGACUACGCCGACUGAUGGAGUCAGGUAGUGACAAGAUGCAGGAGGAGAAGCUGAUUCAGGAGUGGUUCACUCUGGUCAACAAGAAGAACGCCCUCAUCAGGAGACAAGACCAACUACAGCUGCUACAAGAAGAGCAGAACCURGAGACGAGGUUUGAGAUGCUGAACCGAGAGCUGAGAGACAUGAUGGCUAUUGAAGAGUGGCAGAAGACAGCGGCCCAUAAGCACAGGGAGCAGCUGCUACUGCAGGAGCUGGUGUCUCUGGUCAACCUGAGGGACGAGCUGGUCCACGACAUGGAUGCCAAGGAGAGAGGGGCUCUGGAGGAGGACGAGAGGCUGGAGAGAGGCCUGGAGCAGAGACGCAGGAAGUACAGCAAGAAGAGCAAGGAGGAGAAGUGUGUGCUGCAGUGAGGCCUGGCGUCGGACACACCUGAACCAGGCAGCCCUGUGGAAGGUCACCUGGGUGCACUUUGGGACUGAUGUUGUAUGUGUGUGGCUCAUGACAUCAACACUGCAUGGAAGAGACUGAGAACAGUGUUAUGUGACUGCACUAAGAGGACGGAAAAUGAUGUUCGCCCCCCCACCCCUCCAUGAUAUGACUGAGCCUCAAUCCAACCUAUGACUGGUUAUCAUCAGUCGCUUUGCUAUUCAGAUUGUGUUUUGAUUGGAUUGAAGUGUUUUUCUUGUCGCUUAUUUUUCUAUAUGGAUGCAGAGUUUGUGUGUACCUGUGUUUGUGCGUGUGAAUGUGUGCGCUGAUGCGUGCCAUUGUGAGUGCAAUCCAUGACUGUAUGGCGCUAUUCUGUGUAUUAACUUCAGGUCACAAAGACAUAUCCCUAACUAACUUAUCACCAGGUAGUUGCCUUACUGUAGAAUCUGUUACAGUAGUGUAUUGUAUAAUGGGUUACUUACAAAAGGUAUUUUCCACCGAAUGGCAUAUUAUGGACGGGACAGGGCUCCAGCUACUAUGUAUAACAAAGACCUACUUUAGUGCCAUGCAGCAGGUGGAUUGAUUCACCCGUCUUCACCUACAGUUACAUGAGACUGACAGGAGCGCUCUGUGAUUUAUUGCCAAUUACAAUGGAGAGAUGGAAGGAAAGUACUCAACUUGUGCCAAACAACUAUUGCCAAAAAUAUCUUUCUUAUUUCUUGCAGUAUGUUGGCUGUGCAGACAGCACACAGCAGACAUCCGUUGUCUGAUCGUUUAUCGACGUGGAUGUCGGGGAGAGAGGAAAACUGACAUUGUUGACACGGUCUUGGUAUUGAAGGUGUUAAAUGUUUACUUGCAGCGCUCCAACGCUCAACCAGAGUGGGAGAUUUAGGAGGGAAGGGAAAAGAACGGGAGUCUAUACGGUAGCUAGUUUCGUACCCUACAGCUCGGUGUCUGAAAGAACAAAACCGUUUGAACUUAUCAAAGUAAUUUAUGGUUUUAUUUAUUGAAUAGGUAUUCAACAGAUAAUCUUACAGGUCCUGCCUGUCAAAUGUGCCUUUUGACCAGACCCAUAGUUUUAAAAAUGACUGGAAGUAUGAACUUUGUUCCUAGUUUGGAUAUGUUUAUGCAGUGAGUUUGAGUUCAGUUACUUGUUUGUGACAUUAGUCUUGCAAUGUCUUGUUUUCCAGUGAUUGUUUUUUUGUUGUUUUAUUAAUUUUAUUAAUUGACGUAGAAGCUGUGGAGUCUGAAAAUGAAAUGAUCUGAAAUACUAGAGGACAGCAAUAUGCAAACAGAAAACAUCAGGCAAAUGCAUGUUUUGUAGUAUUUCCAUCUUUACCUCACCGCUAUCAAUUACUAUAGUCUUAUGCACGUGGUUGUUACAGAAGAUGAAAUGUGCAAAAGUGUACGCAGGAAACAAAUAACCCUCAUAAGUUAACAUGGUCUAAAAAAUACACUUUACUUUUUCAAAAAAAAUAUUCUAAGAUUAAAACUCCAGGACUUCCUUACUGCAGUAUCACUAUCAUUGGCCAAGAUUGGACCAGAGGUUGAUAUUCGCUUGACCUCUGCUGCGCAACACAACAGAGUAAAAACUAGAUUCUGUCCUGAGUUAUUUUGGGGUGCCAUUUGACUGAGUGAUUUUUUUUAGACAGUGAGGUGUUUGAACUUGUGUUCCAGUCUGUGCCUUCUCUGCCACUCUGUUGUUAGUUACUGUGGUAAUGUUUACUGUCCCCUGUGUGAGUUUGAGAAAUGUGCUUUUAGUUUUCUGAAAUAGCUUUUUCUGAAAAAGUUUUUAGUUUGUUUUAAUGUUACGUACAUUUGCACUAUUUGUAAUGUUUGGAAAAUAAAAGCUAUUUUGGAUGACUCGGAGAAACCACAA